CAUUGGCUUUUUGAUGUUGUCCUAAAUCCGAUUUUCUUAUAUUUUUAAUUCAACCAAUACAUCUUCCUAGAACAGUAACCAAAAUAUUAAUAUUUUUAGAAAAAUUAGAGUAGAGUCAAUCUGUUUCUCUAGACACUCAAUGAUUGUCACAUCCUCUCAAAAUGUUUUUUGUAAAUUUUCUGACAUUGAUAACCUGUGAUAGAGAUACAAGUUUAUACUGUCAAAAUAACAUUUAUUGUCAAGUUAAAAGUAAUAAUUCUAAAAUAUUGUUUAAAAUGCGUAUACCUUCAGAUAUAAUUGUAAUAAUAUUUGUUAUAACAAUACCAUUAUUAGCAACAAUGAUAACAAUGCACACGAAAUACAUGCCAUUGAGGAAGAUGCAAGAUAUGAUGGCUUUGGGUUGGAAUUCGUUAUCAAGAGCAACUUAUCAACCAUCCACUGAUCUGCCUUUUGAUGGACAAUGCGUGAUAAAUUUUACAGGUCUAAUUUUUCAAACGUCUUCAUAUGUAGCUUUAUUCCAGCCAGUUAACUGUGAAUUUUGGGAUAUUGGAUCCAGAAAUAUUAGCUUUUUUAGACUAGCUGAGACACAUAUUCAAAUUGAAGGGCAUUGCCAGUGUCGUGGAAAAAAAUAUCCUGCGAAUAAAACUGAUACUGAAAUACAGAAAACUAGUAGACGUAUGAAGAAAACGAAUCCAUCAUACACAGCAACAACAAGAACAGCCUUAGAAGAACCUGGUACUAAAAAUCUGCGAACUACUGAUGGUAUUCAGAAAAUGAAAUCAACACAGAAUCCAAGAGGAACGAAUACUCUAAAAGAUACUGGUACAGAAGUGCUUCAAACUACUGAGGGAGAGAAUAACAUGAAUAUAUCAGAAAAGCCAAUAGCAACACAGCUUACACAAGGUCUUGGUACUGAAAGAGUACGAACUACUGAAGCUACUGAGAGAACGAAAUCAUCACAGGCUCGUGAUUUAGAAGAAAUUGCUACAGAAGUGACGCAAACCAUUAGGAGCAUGGAUAAUACAAAUUCAUCAGAGAAACCAAUACUAACACAGGUUACUCAAGAACUUGGUACUAAAAGACUUCUAACCACUGAAGAAGCCACUGCGAAAACGAAAUCAUCACUGACUCCUGACUCAGAAGAUCUUGGUGUAGAGGAGCUCCAAACUAAUGAAGCAAUUGAGAAAACAAAAUCGCCACAAAAUCCAGUUAUAACGGAGACAAUAGAAGACCUUAGUGUUCAAGGAUUGCAAAGUAGUGAAAGCGUUGAGAAAACGAAAUUAACACAGAAUCCAAUAGCAACGAAGACUUUUGGAGAUUUUUCCGAAACAAUUAAUGAAGCUCAAUCGUCUAAGAAAGAAGACAGUAAAAUUCAAUCUAAAAGUGAUAUUUACUUUGACACAAAAGAGACUACGAAAGAAGGCAGUGAAAUCCAAUCUAAAAGUGAUAUGUACUUUGACACAAAAGAGACUACGAAAGAAGGCAGUGAAAUCCAAUCUAACAAUGAUAUGUACUUUAACACAAAAGAGACUACGAAAGAAGGCAGUGAAAUCCAAUCUAAGAAUGAUGAUAUGUACUUUGACACAAAAGAGCCUACGAAAGAAGGCAGUGAAAUCCAAUCUAAAAAUGAUAUGUACUUUGACACAAAAGAGACUACGAAAGAAGGCAGUGAAAUCCAAUCUAAAAGUGAUACGUACUUUGACACAAAAGGGACUUCUGAUUUUAGAAAACAUAAAGUUAAAUCUAAUUCGUCAUUAACCGAAACCCCAUCAACAAUAAGUUCUUUUUACAACAAACAGGAGUCCAACAGCAACAAUACAGAAAUUGAAAUCUCUGACGCAGAAUUUGAAGGUUCCUCAUCUUCUGGAAUAUCGCUGGAUAGUGUACAAGUACAAGAUGAAUCAAAAUCUUCAUUUAGCGCUUCUAAUGAAGGUACUUCUGAGUAUAUUAAACAUGAAAUUACACCACCCAUGCCUUUAAACGUACCAAAUAUACCACCAAUUUUUAUUACAAGAGAAUCUAAAAAAGUUUCGACCAGAGCUGGAGUUAUGAAUACGCAAUCAAAGGGUGAUAUGAUGAUAUUAACUAAAAAAUUGUAUAAUAAUUAUAAAAAAGAAGGAAAUUUAAGUGUUGGUUUUGAUUAUAGUCACGAAAACACAGCAAAUAUCUAUGCAGAAAUUGAAAAAUCUAAUUCUGAAUAUAAAAGAUUUAUAGCCUUGCUUUUUAAUAAAAACCAGAAUAAUUCAGGAUCAGCACUUUCAAUCGACAGUUCAGAAGUUGAUUUAGUAAGCAUACCUGAAGAGACAUCGAUGUAUGACAGCAUUAUAACCAAAGAGACACCAUCAUCAAGCUCGGCAUCAUUUGAGAACAUACACAUCCCUACACAAAUUGAAAAACCGAUAUCCACAGGAGGAUCAGUUUUAAGUAGAGGAGAAACGUCAAAAAACAGUGAAUUUAUGUCUUUAUUUUCAAGAUACCUGAAAGAAAAUAUCAACAUUUUUACCACAGAAAUGUCUGAAAACUUAUUAACUAAAGGAUACCUGAAUAAUAGAGGGAAAGAAUCUGAAAUAAUUUCUAAUAAAGUAAAAAUACCUAGUUAUCUUACAUCAGAUUGUAGUAGUUCUAUAUUAGAAGGCAUAGCUUCUGAUAUAAACCAAGAAUACAAAUCUGAUUCCCAAUACAUCAACUCAUUAUCUACUGGUUAUUCAUAUCACAAAAAAGAAACAGAAACUGAACAAGUUAGUUUAGAACAUGAAACUAUAAAAUCAAGCGCAGUAACUUUGUUCAAUCAAGAUAUUAGUGAAUCAGAAUCACAGAAACAAUAUUCCGUUUUAGGAAAGACAUAUUCAAGUUUACAGAACUUUGGUUCCUCAUCUACAGAACAACCCAGUUACAGUAGCGAUACAUCGGAAAAUGUAUCUACAGAUAUUGAAAAAUUUGGUUCAAUAUCUUCGAAAACAUCGUUGCUAUUUAGUAGUACAGAUCAAACUCAGAACGUAUCACAAUUAACCGAACUGUAUUCCAAAGAAGAAUCGAGUAAUCUAUCUAGAGAAAUUGAAAGAUAUAGUCCAGAAUAUGGUGUAGAAGAAGUAGCAUCUGGAUCAUCGGAAUAUCUUAUCAAAAGAAAUAUUUAUAGUAAAGAUUCAUCCAGUAAUAUCCCUAUAGAAACGUCUGAAUCAGAUUUACCAAAAAGUAGCGAAUUUUCAUCUUCAAGUUACCCAAAAAAUCAAACAAAAAUAUUUACUGUUGAAGCUACGUUAGAUAGGUCGGACUAUGCUAGAUCUACAUUAACAGAUACCUCUAUUACCAACAAAGAAACAGAUUCAAGCUUUUCAUCUACAGGAUACUCAAGUUAUUACAAGAAUAAAUUAGCAAGUGAUUCUACAGAAGUGACGAUCAGUUCUCUUCUAUUUUCUACAGUAGGAAGAUCAGAAUCUGAAAAGUCUCAAUCAAUUGGAUUUUUUCCUAUUGGCGAACAAGAAUUCGGUUCAAUAUCAACUGCAUAUUCCAGUUAUAGUAGAGAAAAUUUCAUAACAGUUACAAAUAAUUCAAAAGAAAUCUCCAGAACUUCUGCUAGUGGAACUGCUUCAGGAAUAUCUGAAUUUGAGAUAUUUUUAUCAACAGAUUCUUCAAAUUUGUAUCAAAGUAAUACGGAUAUCAUUUCACAAUCCCUUGGUUUUUCAUCUACAGGAUAUUCUGGUUAUCCUAUGAAAGAAUCUCAAAGUAUAUCUGCUGAUCCACCAUUAAGCGAUGUAUUGUAUUUCACAGAAAGUUCUGAACUACCACUCUCAGAAGAUAUAUCUAAUAGGGCACUGGAAAAUGUGAUUACAACAGCAGAUACUUCUAGUAUUAGUAAACAUGAAACCUUAUCAUCUACAACAAGUUCUCUGUACAGUAAACAAGACUCUAAUAGUAAUCCACCAUUCAGUGUUAUAUUGUAUUCUGAAUAUUCAUAUUCCACAGAAACUUCUGAACAACUACUCUCAGAAGAUUUAUCUAAUCAGGCAAUGGGAAAUGUGAUUACAACAGCAGAUACUUCUACUAUUAGUGAACAUGAAACCCUAUCAUCCACAAGUUUUCUGUACCGCAAACAAGAUUCCAAUAGUAAUCCACCAUCCAGUGUUGUAAUGUAUACUGGAUAUUCAUAUUUCACAGAAAGUUCUGAACUACUACUUUCAGAAGAUAUAUCUAAUCGGGCACUAGGAAAUGUGAUUACAAAAGCAGAUACUUCUACUAUUAGUAAAUAUGAAACCCCAUCAUCCACAACAAGUUCUCUGUACAGUAAUGAAGAGUCCAAUAGUAAUCUACAAUCCAGUGUUGUAAUGUAUUCAGGAUAUUCAUAUUCCACAGAAAGUUCUGAACUACUAAUUUCAGAAGAUAUAUCUAAUAGAGCACUGCGAAAUGCGAUUACAAUAGCAGAUACUUCUACUAUUAGUAAACAUGAAUCUCUAUCAUCUACAACAAGUUCUCUGUACAGUAAACAAGAUUCCAAUAGUAAUCCACCAUCCAGUGUUGUAUUUUAUUCUGGCUAUUCAACUUAUUCUACAGAAAGUUCUGAACUACUACCCUCAGAAGAUAUAUCUAAUAGGGCAUUGGGAAAUGUGAUUACAACAGCAGAUGCUUCUACUAUUAGUAAACAUGAAUCUAUAUCAUCUACAAUAAGUUCUCUGUACAGUAAACAAGAGUCCAAUAGUAACCGUGCAGAAUUGGAAAGUUCUUUAUCUUUUGGAAUGUCACUUGAUAGUGUACAAGUGCAAGAUAUAUCAGAAUCUUCAUUUAGUAUUCCAAGCGAUGGUUCUUCUGGAAUAUCUGAGUAUAUGAAUUCUAUAUCAUCAAGUAGUGAAUAAUAAUUGAAGUCAAGUAUAUUAGUAUAUUAUCUUCAGGAAGCCGUUAUAGUGCAGGAUAUUAUAUUUACUGAAGUAUUACUAAAAAUACAGUCUUCAAUGGCUUUCAUGAUUUAAUCUUCUAUAGUUUACACAGAAACGAGCAGAUCCAUCUUUCUUAAUUACUAGGAUUACAGUGAGCAUCAGGAACCAGCAGCUUCUUCAAUAAUAUUUGCAUCCAUUAUGUCCUAUAUCAUAUUAGCUACUUUUUCUGUCUAGCAAAUGGUAGUCUUCUAGAUGCCUGCCUUAUUGGACUUGCAUCGCCUAUGCUGGACAAGAUUGUAGAUUUUCCUGUUUCGAAAAUGUCACAGUUGGUAUUUAUAAAUUCUUUGACUUUUUUUAGUUCUUCAACUGUUAAGGUAGUUAUAAUUUUUAACCAGCUCUUUCACAAAGCUCUAGCGUCAACUGAGUUACCAUUUUUUCACCGAUAUACAGAACCCUUUUAUUGUCCUUUCUUUAUUUUGACUAGUCUCUUCGAUAAAUUGGCAACCCUUACUGGAAUUCCUGUAGACUCUUAUUAUAUUUCUGACCAAGAAUCUUUAGUUGACUUAGAAACACUUGUUUCCAAUGCUGCUGGCCAUACUUUGUCUCCAAAGCUUGGACCGAGCCGCAGCUUCAAAUUAGAGUCUAUAUGUUUCCCAUCAAACGUGGGUUGCUUAAGGGUCUUGCUGGUAUGGUUUUAUGAUACUGGGUUUCAAAUGUGGCAUGGUAAGGUUAUAGAUGGAGACGUGGUAGUAUUUUCAGCUUUACGGUUGCUUACCGAAGCUUGGUUACGAAUUCUUCUAUCUAACUCAACCAUUUUAGUUCUAAUUUAAUAACAUUUAUUAAACGAUAAUGUUGACUUUAUCACGAAAUGUUCAAUUUUGUUAAUAAAAAUUAUUUAUAAAUUAUAAAAUUUAUUUUAUUUGAGUUCUUAAUCACAUAUUUAGUCUCAUAGAUACUGUUACUUUCUGAUUUUCAUCGUGAUUCCAUUUCAAUGUCAAUCAACCUCUAAAAGAUGCGUUUAUUCUCAGACUUUCCAUUCGACACGGUAAAAACAAUCUAGAUGUAAAAAAAGCCACUGUUAAUGGAUGAGAACA